GAGGAAGUGAGUGAGCCAUACAAGGACGAGGCCAACAAUAUUGUCCUCGAGGCUGCAGAAGAAAUGAGGAAAAUUCUAAAGGGUGCGCCACUUGACGUGACUACAGCUCACAAAGUACUUCGCAUCUUCCAAAAGCGAGGUGACCAGCUUUCUGCACUUGCAUCGAAAGCUGGAGGAGACCUCCUUGAGCCAUUCAUCGAACGGAACCCCGAAUUAAGUGGAAAGUUCAGUGAAAGCUGGGCUCAACUGAAUAAGCUUGUGGAGGGGGGGAGAAACCGGGGGGUUUUGCAAGACACAGCGGAGCGGGUUAGACGCAUUUUUAGCAGUGGGUAUUCCCAAGAGAACAUUGACAAGGCCAAGAGCCUUGUGAGUGAGAAGACUAACAAGGUGAAGUCCCUCGUUGAGAACAAUGAAGACAAGCAUUCAGGGAGCGUGAAAGAAAUCUGAGACCAAAAGCAUACCGGUGCGUGUCUUUGAUUGCAGUUUUUUUUGUAACCUAUUGCAGUUUUGUUAUGUGACAGCUACGUCGAUCACCAAUAAAGCAACCUACCCAACCGCCGAGCAGGUCGGUAAAAUCUUCGACACACUCUCUGUUCCAUUUUAGUAUCUUAUAUAUGUAGCUCCUUAGUCUCAGCAGCAAGAUGCAUACGGUGCUCUAAUGUGUUUUCAUGUCGACCCAUUGUGUCGCAAAAGAAGCAAGCGGACCAAAAUAAGAGUCGGGGAACACAGGGUUAAUUGGCGAAUUGUUCGGUUUAGAGUCAUGAACAUGCUUCCGAUUCCGAUUAGCUUUCGUGUAUCAUCAAAACAAACAAAUCCUGGCGCAUGUAAUGCUGACUGGCUGCCUGGUUAGUUCUUGGUG